AGCCUGAGCCGCACCGUGGGCAGCGCUGCUGAGGAGGAUGGAGUCCAGCAUGAACCUUCUGCACAAUGCAGGCAUCGAGGCCACACACUGGCUGCAGCAGCACUUCCAAGGAUCCCAGGACUGGUUCCUCUUCAUCUCCUUUGCUGCUGACCUCAGGAACACAUUCUUUGUCUUCUUCCCCAUCUGGUUCCACUGCAGCGAGGCAGUGGGCAUCCGGCUGCUCUGGGUGGCUGUGGUCGGUGAUUGGCUCAACCUCGUCUGCAAGUGGAUCCUCUUUGGGGAGAGGCCCUACUGGUGGGUCCAUGAAACGGAUUAUUACAGCAACAUCUCCGCCCCACCCAUCCAGCAGUUCCCGCUCACCUGCGAGACCGGCCCCGGGAGCCCCUCUGGCCAUGCCAUGGGUGCAGCAGGUGUGUACUACGUGAUGGUGACAGCCCUCCUCUCUGUUGCCAUGGGGAAGAAGCAGCUGAGGACACUCAAAUACUGGGUGCUCUGGGGAGUGCUUUGGACAGGCUUCUGGGCAGUUCAAGUCUGUGUCUGCCUGUCCCGAGUCUUCAUUGCCGCCCACUUCCCCCACCAGGUCAUCGCUGGAGUCAUCUCAGGGAUGGCCGUGGCUGAGACCUUCCAGCACGUCCGCUGCAUCUACAGUGCCAGCCUCCGCCGGUACCUGGGCAUCACCUUCUUCCUCUUCAGCUUUGCUCUGGGCUUCUACCUGCUGCUGCGGGUGGUCGGCGUGGACCUGCUUUGGACACUGGAGAAGGCACAAAGGUGGUGUGCCCGCCCCGAGUGGGUCCACAUUGACACCACCCCCUUUGCCAGUCUCCUCCGUAACCUGGGCAUCCUCUUCGGCCUGGGGCUGGCCCUCCACUCCCACAUGUACCUGGAGAGCUGCCGGGGGAAGCAGAGCCAGCAGCUGCCCUUCCGCCUGGGCUGCAUCAUCUCCUCCCUUCUCAUCCUGCACCUCUUUGAUGCCUUCAAGCCACCCUCCCACGUGCAGCUGCUCUUCUACAUCCUCUCCUUCUGCAAGAGUGCAGCUGUGCCACUGGCCACCGUUAGCCUUAUCCCCUACUGCAUCUCCCAGCUGCUGGCCACACAGGACAAGAAGUCUGUCUAGGGCUGUCCUUGCAGGUAACGGUGCGGCCACCCUGGUGCUGGGCUCGGGGGCAGGCACUGGGCCACUGCACAGGGACAGUUUGCCCCCUGUGAAUCUGCACAGACUGAGCCUGCACCAGGAGCAGCUGUGGAGGCUGGACUGGCAGCGCUGCUGGAUGGCUCCCACAGCACGGACCCACAAUGCCAGCUGUAGACUUGGGCAGUCUGUGGCCAGCUGAUGGCACAGCAAGCCCUGCACCCCCAGGGCUCUCCUGCUGCCCUUCCUGUGCCCACGGGUAAAGGUCAUCAGCCUGGAACUCAGCAUCAGCAGGGAGAAGGCUCUGUGCUCUCCUGUGGCUCAUGGGGACAGGACACCUCCAUGCUACAGGCUGGAGCUGGCAUCACUGGGAGCAGGGUGCUGCCCUGUGGGUGCUCAGAAGCAACAGGCAGACACUGCAAGCUGCAGCUCUAGGGCUACCUUGUGGGAAGCCCUGGCCCCAAGGUGUCUGGGACUCACUGCAGUGUGGGGCAACAGGCAC